UUCAGAUGGGUGGGACGCAAUAACCGCCCUGUUCUCACUCCAGGAUCACUGAAGUACACUCGACCCGUUCCAGAGAGCAGCCAGUGCGGGAUAUAUCCCAUCCUAAGAUGCUACUCAUAGUCCUCGUCUUGUAUUUGUGUCCGGUUUUUCAGUGCCAGACUGAGGAUACCGAAUUGUCAGAAGAUGUGGCUUUUGAAGAAUACACGAAUUCUGACAUGGACCCAAAUGCUGCUCCUCUCAGAAUCGCGCGGCAGGUGAGACCGCUUCUGACUAAGGAAGCUAAACCUCACAUUCAGGAGCUGUCAGUCCAGACCACCAUCAUUUCCCGCUAUGCUUUCACUGCGGUGUCAUGUAGCAUGCUCAACAGACACUCGGCUGCUACUCAGGGGGUCUUUCAGUUCCACAUCCCCACCGCUGCAUACAUCUCCAACUUUACCAUGAUUGUGGGCGGACGAGUAUUUCCCAGCCAAGUGAAGGCCAAAGAGAAGAAGAUGAAGAAGGAAGGUGGAGAAAACAAUGGCAAGAAGAACAAGAACACACCAGAGCAGAGAGAGGGCGAGAUGGAGGUGUUUCGAAUGGAAGUCACCAUUCCUGGACGCAACCGCGCUCUGUUCCUCCUGACCUACGAAGAGCUGCUGCAGAGACGAUUGGGACGUUACGAGCAUGUGACUAGUGUUCGGCCAAUGCAAUUGGUCAGCAAACUUAGCGUGGGUGUUACUAUAGUGGAGCACUCUCGCAUCACGUACCUUGAAGUCUUACCCCUACGAAAUGGCAAAACUCCAUCUUCCAAUGGCAAUGGGAAAGCAGAUGGUAAAGUAGGACCACCAGUUUCCACAGAAGUCAAGCAAAAUGAAACCUUCUGCAAGAUCAGCUUCACUCCUAACGUUGUCCAGCAGGUCAAGAUUGCAAACAACGGCAUGCUGGGAGAAUUUGUGGUGCGCUAUGAUGUAGAGAGAGAAAUUGGCAUCGGUGAUAUACAGGUGCUAGAUGGACAUUUUGUUCACUAUUUUGCCCCCAAAGACCUUCCUGUCGUGUCAAAGAAUGUUGUAUUUGUGAUUGAUACCAGCGCUUCCAUGGUUGGAACCAAAAUCAGACAGACCAAAGAAGCUCUGUUCACGAUCCUACGCGAGCUGCGGCCCAGUGAUCACUUCAAUUUUGUCACUUUUUCCAAUCGCAUCCGUGUGUGGCAGGCGGACAAACUUGUGCCAGUCACACCCAACAAUAUACGUGAUGCCAAGAAGUUCAUCUACAUGAUCUCACCCACUGGAGGCACUGACAUCAAUGGUGGCAUUCAGACGGGCUCGGCCUUACUCCGUGACUACCUCUCCAGCAAAGAAGAGUCCCAUCACAACAGUGUGUCACUCAUAAUCUUCCUGACCGAUGGGCGGCCCACAGUUGGAGUGGUUCAGAGCCCGGUCAUCAUUAGCAACACCAAAGCAGCAGUGCAGGAGAAGUUCUGCCUCUUCACGAUUGGGAUGGGUGAUGACGUAGACUACAGGCUCUUGGAGAGGAUGUCCCUGGAGAACUGUGGAACCAUGAGAAGAAUCCCAGAGGAUGCAGAUGCCAGUGUCAUGCUCAAAGGCUUCUACGAUGAGAUCGGCACUCCGCUGCUAUCCGACAUCCGGGUGGAAUACUCUGAGGAUGCUGUUGAAUACAUCACCCAGAACUUUUUUACAAACUACUUCAACGGCUCUGAGCUCAUUGUAGCCGGAAAACUGACCAAUCGGAGCUCAGACUCGCUGCACGUUCAGGUUACCGCUAGCAACAGCGAGCGAAGCAUCGUGCUGGAGAAAGACGUGUCAAUACACGAGCAAGAGCGGGAAACCGAACGGCGGCUAGCGGAAGCGGAGGCCGGUCUGAACGCGGGCGGUUACGUGGAACGACUGUGGGGAUACCUGAGCGUUAAAGACGGGCUGAAAGGAAGACUGCGCAGCCAGACGAGCGCAGAGCGGGAAAAUUACACGCAACACGCUACAAAUCUUUCAUUAACGUAUAAUUUUCUCACGCCACUCACCCAAAUGAUAGUGGAGAAGCCACAAGUGCUGGCCGAUGGAACUUUAGCACAGACACAGAAAGAGGCAGAGGCCACCGAGGCUCCGCCCACUGAUGAGUCAUCCAAUCAGCUGUUGGAAGACAACAACAGUUUAACACCCCAGAGCCUGCACAGAAAUAUACCACCCAAACCGAUUUCUGCAGUCUCCAAAGCAACAAGUGGCGUCAGCAAACCUGCCAAAAAGUCUGCCACCUUGUCCAAAACAUCCGCUGAUGGUGACCCUCAUUUUGUGGUGGAGGUUCCUCACAGUAAACUGACAAUGUAUGGAGCCUUUACAUUAAUAUGUAUGUAUUUGUUCCCGUUAGGCGUGACUGUGAACGGAGCACUGAUUGGAUCUCCUGCUCCAGCCGGCAGUCAUAAAGAACAGAGGACAUAUUUCAGCACCAUAACGAUAGUAGCCAAUAAACCACGCCGCUCUUACAUUGAAGUGACCCCACAAAAGGUCAUACUGGACGACCGGGACCGGAUGAUCCUUCCAUCCAGCUCCAGCAUUUCCGUCGAAACCGCAAACCUGGCUGUGGUCAUUAUUGCUAACACAAACCUGACAGUGACAAUCCAAGGAACUAUCCAGUUUGUUAUCUUAUUCCACCAUUACAAAAACCCCGCGCCCUAUCAGCGGGAUCACCUGGGGUUUUACAUCGCUAACAGCAAAGGAUUGAGCAAGGAUACGCAUGGGUUGCUAGGCCAGUUCCUGUAUGAAGAUAUCGGAUUGACGCAACUUCCUGGAAAUUUCAGCAUGGCCGGAGAAAACAGCACAAAGGAAACACUAGGGAAAAAUAUCACUCUAACAAGUUACCCUGCCCUAAAGGUGAAGGAUCGCACUGUCACUGUCAUUAAGAAGAGCAGGCGAAUCUACUCUGGAAAGCAGACUGUAGACUGCUGGUUUGCCAAAAACAAUGCGGCUAAACUGAUUGAUGGGCAUUACAGUGAUUACGUGGUGUCACAUCUGUUUGACACAGGAGACUGGGCUAAUGGAACCAACACACACUGAGACAAAAACACACACACACACACACACACACACUAUAAUUCUACUGGACUGAUGGGUCAUGACCCAGAUAUAUUCACACAAACACUUUAAAAACCAUCACAAAAACCCAUAAGCAGUAUUUAAAGUACAUGAUUUAUAUUCAGUAGUGUGUGAACAUGUUACUUUACUGUUUUCAUUGUAGUAAUCUACAAAUAUAUAUUAUAUAUUUUUAGUUAAUAUAAGACAGUUUGGUACCACUUUAUUUUAAGGUGUCCUUGUUACACGUUACAUGCACUUACUAUUAUAAUGACAAUGAUUUAUGCUUAAUUAGAUGCAAGUAACCCUAAGCCAAACCCUAAUCAUAUAGUAAGUGCAUUUAGUUAAUUAAUAUUACUCCGUACUAAAAUUUAUAAUUACACUGUAACAAGAACACCUUAAAAUAAAGGUGUUUAUGGAAAACAUUUUGUACUUAUACAUUAAAUGUUAACAAUAGGCUGUCUUCUUUUUGGUAAAUAACAUAAAAGUAAAGGAUAAAGAAGUAUAAAUCUUUGUAGAGAAAAUGAUUUUUAUGAAAUUAGGCAAAACUACCAUGACUUCUGAGAUUAAGUGUAGAUAGAUAGAUGGAUAGAAAACAUAUAUCAAUAAAGAUGUCAAUAUAUGAACAUUUUUAUUAUUUAAAAAGUACUAAAUUUACAUUUUGAUUCAGCUUCAGUUCAAGAAAUAAAUAAAGAUAAAAAAAAAUUAUUUAAUUAUUGCCAGGGAUGUGAGACAUAUUGGUACAAUAUCUGUUAUUGGUCAUCAUUAUUAGCUCUUUUUUUUAUCAUUUCAGCAGAUAUUUAUUCAAUAUCAUUUAAUGUGACAAAACAAUUGUCACGGUAUCCAUAAUA